AUGCGCGUUAGUCCCCUGUUAGCGACACUUGGCGUGUGCGGUGCAGCCCUGUCCACGGAGCCGCUACAGUACUGCGUGGACAAGGGAAGUCUUUUCAUUAGGCAUUCGCCCCGCAAGUACGAAACGCAACUUUUGAACAAGUGGAAAAGCAACAUCACCAGUUCCCGCAGCGAGGACAACUACAAACGCAGUAGCCGCAAUGCAGCUGUUGUCUGCACAUUGGAGUCUCCCAUAGUGGGUGUACCUGUUGGAGUUCCUUUCGACGCUGCUCAGUAUGGAGAACACUGCGAGGAGGACAACGGGGGAAUGGCUUUCCUCUCCCCGAUCAGCAGCAACCGAAAAAAAGUGACCCUUUCCCUGAAGAAGGUAACGCGUCAGCGCCAUUUCAACUGCACACAAUUGAACAAUAUCCUAUGCAUGCAAUUCUUGCCGGAUGUUUCCAACGCCUACUUAAGGUACGUCCUCGAAAAGUUCAGCGCACAUGAUCUUCCAGUUAAAGAAAAUAUUUUAUUUCACCUCAUCUUGAGGUACCUACGUGAGCGUACCACUAACCCUGUGGGAGGAAAGACAAGCCAAAGGGACUCCCAACUGAUUAACUGCAUUGAAGAUAACGCAUACAAAUUUAUUGCUGACCAUGCAAGGGUUAUAAAAAAAUGUGCAAAGAGGAAGAAGCACAACGAGGUAGACUUUGAACAGUGUAGGACAGAAGAGGAAAGAUUAAAACAAAUCACCUGUCCCCCCCCUUCUCACAAUAAAAUUAUUGAUGCCUACUUAAAAAUGAAAAAAAAAUUUAACAUCAUUUUUGUCAGCAUAAAAAGUGAAAAAAAUAUUUACAGAGUGUUUAGAAAAAUUAAAAGAAAUAUUUUUUUUUAUGAUUUUCUGGAUCGGCUAGCUAUUUUAUGUUUUUUCCAUCGACAUGCGCAACACAGAUUUGUGCUUCACUUUCUCAAGAGAUACAUCUUCAGCCUUAGGAAUGAAAAUAAUUUAUUUAUAAUUAAUUUUGUGAACACGUUGGGGGGAAGAAGCCUACUGAAGAAAUACAUUUUGGCUCCCCAUUUGACUUACCAUGCCAUUUUACACACACCUGUGGAGGGAGGCAGUUGCGAGGACACAUUCAAGUGGAGCUUCCUGCCCGUUAAUGCGUGCAACUAUGUGGAGACGUACAUGAAGGAGAGGUUCUUCCUCGGAGGAACCAGCAGGGGAAGACCCCGCGCCGAGGCCACUUUCCUAAUAUACGCAAAAUUGCUGGACUCCCUCACACAAAAGAGGAAUAAUUAUUUCCCUGAAUUGUUCCUCAAGCAAUUUUGCCUGUACUAUUCAGAAGAAAAAAACACCCCCCACGACCACAAGUGGUAUUACUUCCUUAUCACCCUGUCCUCUCUGAUGAAGACAUACUACAUGAAGAGGAAGCUCUACGUGAGGGGAACCCACAGGAUGGGAGGAGAUGCACACGAGGGGGGAAGCGACCCUCUAGUAAAUCGCGUUACCAUACACGACGAUGAUAUUUUCAGGGACAAAACGCACAGCUUGGCAACCUGUGGAGGAAAUCACCUGAACAGUCAGGUGGUAAAUUAUCUCCAGGGGGCAGUCCGCGGAGACAUAUACGCAGGGAACACCCUGAAGCAGUAUUCCCUUCUGCUGCUCCUGCAAUACGUCUUCUUACUUGAGCUAAACCUCUCACAUGUUAACCUCGUAAGUAGAAACUCCGCAAAUCAUUUUUCAAACUGGGUAGACAAUAACGACUCGGUGCAGAAUAAACUGACGGACGAAGGGAGGGGAAUUAACUCCACAUUUGUGAAAAAACAAGCAACGCUACUUUCACAAAAGGAACGCCUCCUUGUAAAAAUAUUUUUCUUGUAUAAAUCGAUUUUAUCAAGCCACUGUGAGAACACAGGUGAGACAAUUUUAUUAUAUAAUUACACAUUUGAGGAGUUGACCCGAUUUGUGCAAAACUAUUUAACUGACUUAGUGGAGAAGUCCUUCCAUGGGGGGAGACAAGUGCUGGAGGAGAUGAAAAUGUGCGCCAAGCACAUGCUACCGCUUUGCAAAGUGAACCCGCGUCUUUUUUUCAUGCUCCUGGGAGUCCUAAACGAAGGUAGCGACCCCCACAUGGCGAGGCACCUCUGGUUGGAAAGUCAACACAAGCUCAGGAAUGUGCAGCCAUGGGUAAGGGAAGCUAUCGCGCGGGAGCUUCUCGAAGGCGGUGCACAGGAUGGGCGCAGUCAAAGGGAGAAGCAGCAAAGAGAGGCUUACGACAGAACGCCGACCAACAGGGGCGACCACAUGUUGACCCGCGCCAUGUUGGCGUACGACGAGGUACACAAAAUUUACAAACAAAUAACCAGUUGCUACGACAAGGAGCAUAUAAAGAAGCUGAUCAAAGACCUGCUCUCCGCGCGCAGCAGUGCGGAAGGGGAAUCUUCCCCCCUUGGCAUUUUUAAGAGACCUAUUUUAGCCCUAAAUUUGAAGCAGAUUUUUUUCCUCUUUGUUACUUUGAAUUAUUUCAAUUUGCAUGGCGAGAUUAUUCAGCUCUUUCAACACAUUAUGUGCAGCUCUGCGUUUAGGAAGUUUUUCUCCACGGCCAUGUUGAAGAGGGGGCACCAUCCCACCGUGGGGGACCAAGGCACUGAUGAGGAGGAAUAUGACAUGUGCCAACAAAUUUUGUACAUUUAUUGUAAUUCAAGUUGUUGUGUAGACAAUCCUUUACAUCUACCCGCGGGGGUGACAUGCUCGAGGGAGGUCAUGAAGCACGUGUUCUUCUAUCGUGACCCGCUGUACAUAUUUAAUCACCUGAUUAGGAAGUACGACAGGGGUGCAACUGCCGAGGGGAACAUCGAGGGGGUCGUCAAAAAAGGCGAAGGUGCAGUGGACAUUUUACAAAAUAUAAAAGACAGCAAAUUUUUUCACGAAAAAAGUUUGAGCAAAUUUCGAAACAGUAACAUUUUUAAGCAAUUUUUUGAAGACGAAAUAUACACCCACGUGAGUCAGAAGGAAUACACACUAAUUUUUUACGGGUUGAUGAUAUAUCUUUACAAGCACGGAUCUACAUGGCACACCGAUGGGGAUGAAAACAAAACGAGCCAAAGUGAUAAUAACCCCACUGAGUUAUUUAGACAAGUCGAAUUAAUAUACCUCCAUUUUUACGCCGCAUGGAAAUCCUACUUGAAGGUACACAAAAUGAGUAAGAUAAAUUUCCUAAUCUGUGCGAAGACAUUUUUGCUGAUGAAUGAUUUUGAAAGCUUCCAAAGUUUACUCUGCACAGAAAAGAAGAUGGUGACAAAGUAUGCCAUUUUUAUUAACUCCCUUCUGAACAAUUAUACCCAUCGUUGUGAUGGAGGAAUGCAUAUUUUGCAAAAUAAUUUAAUUGCUCCUGCUGAUAUGUACAUUACCUUUGGAGGUGAACUGACAAUUUUUAAUUUAAAUUAUGAGCAAUUUGUGCAGAGGAUACGUCCGUUUGGGGAAUACAGUAGUCAGUGUAAAGUGACGUUGUUUAUCGAUUACAGGAAAUUAUUUCCAGACUUAAUAAAUUUAAAGUUCUUUCUUAGCCUCCCCUUUUUACAAAGUCAUAAGGUGAAAUCCUUCCUUGAGGAAAAUAAAAUAAAUUUAUGUGAAAAAAAUUUUUGGGAUAUUGCUGACCUGGUCAUAUUUUACGGGAAAUCCCUCGACAAAAGGGACAAAAUUUUGGACUUUUUUUCUCAACAGAUGAGUAAUUUUUGCAUACAAGAGAAUAAACUCGUUAAAGACGCGUUUGUCGUUUCACGGAAGAGGUAA